AUGGCUUCUUCCGUCCUCCACGUCCUCCCGCUCGUCCUUGUCCUCCUCGCUGCCGCUGCCGACGCGGCCACCUUCACCGUAACCAACAACUGCCCGUACACCGUGUGGGCGGCGGCGGUGCCGGGCGGCGGGCGGCAGCUGGACAACGGGCAGACGUGGAGCAUCGACGUGCCGGCGGGCACCACGGGCGGCCGCGUGUGGGCGCGCACGGGCUGCUCCUUCGACGGCAGCGGCAACGGGCGGUGCCAGACGGGCGACUGCGGCGGCGUGCUGCAGUGCACGCAGUACGGGCAGCCGCCCAACACGCUGGCCGAGUACGGGCUGAACCAGUUCCAAGGGCUCGACUUCUUCGACAUCUCCCUGGUGGACGGCUUCAACGUGCCCCUGGACUUCCUCCCCGCCGGCGACGGCUCCGGGUGCCCCAAGGGCGGGCCGCGGUGCGACGCCGACGUCACGUCGCAGUGCCCCGCCGCGCUGCAGGCCCCCGGCGGCUGCGACAACCCUUGCACCGUGUUCAAGACCGACGAUUACUGCUGCACCGGCUCGGCGGCGAACAGCUGCGGGCCCACCGACUACUCCAGGUUCUUCAAGGGGCUGUGCCCGGACGCCUACAGCUACCCCAAGGACGACGCCACCAGCACCUACACUUGCCCCGGCGGCACCAACUACAACGUCGUCUUCUGCCCAUAA